AUGCCGAGCGCCACCUCGCCGAGCGGCCGCGCCGGCGCCGGCGCCGGAAGGAGGUGGUGCGCGCGCGGGGACCUCCUCACGCUCGCCGUCGCCGCCUUGCUCUGCUCCGCGACCUACUGCUUCUCGAUAUGGCACAACGGGCGCAACGCGCCGGACAAGAUCGUCAUCAUCGGCCAGGCCUCGUUCGUCGCCGCCGGCGCCGCUCGGUGCGUGGGCGACGCGGACGCCGUCGAGCUCGACUUCGAGGCGCACCACACCGCGGAGAGGGCCGGGCUCUCCGUGUCGUCGUCUUCGACGGCGCCGCCGGCGACGGUUGCAGGUCGGCGGGCAUUGCGCUCGGCGGCGGAGCCCGUGGACACGGUGCGCGGCGGCGCGGUGAACGGCGACGGGUGGGCGCGCCUCGACGGCGGCAAGCUCCGGUUCACAUACGAUGGCGCCGCGCGCGUGUAG